UAUGCACAAAUGUACGACGUCGACGACGUAUACUUUGACGUUUAUUGUCUUUCUGAUUAACGUGAAUCUUGAAACGCCCUUUGAUUUUGUUUCGUCGGUGUCAAGAGAUAUAUUUAUAUCGAUAUUUAUAUUUUGCUGGUUUUUUUGACGUUAUCAUAUAAAAUGUUGGCAUUAGAGCGCAUACCUGAUCAAACUGGUUACUUGGUAUUAACAGAGGAUGGUGCUGUAUUAACGUCUGGAGGAGAUUUGGAAAAUGAUGAGAGAAUAGCAAAUAUUAUAAGCAGUUUGGUCACAUUAACAAGUAAAGUUGAUCCCAAGGCAUUUCCUUCAAAUAAUGCCUUUGAAAAAAUAUCAAUCAAUUAUAAGGACCAUUGCUAUGUUAUAUGUCUUUCCAAUAAGAAGAUUUAUGAUAAAAAGAAACUACCAUUUCCAACUACAGCAAAUGUGGAACCACAGUCUACCAUUGAGAUGUAAAUAAAAGUAAUGCAUAUAAAGAAAUCUAUCGUGUAAACUUUAAUAUAUCUUACAAAUUUAACUUCAACUAUUCUAAGAGAUUUAUUCAUCGUUAUCUAUUUAUAUAGGAAUAUGUCACAUUCUUAGGAAUAAAAUUGGUGUAAUGUAUCGCAUAGUUUUAGAAAAGAUUAAAUGUCUUUGUUAUAUGAUGUAAUAAUUU